AUGCGUUUCAAUGCUCCUCUCCUCAUUGCGACCGUGAUGGUUGCCGCUUUGGCUUCCUCGAUUACUGCCACUCCAACAAGCUUUGAAGGUGACUUGAUGGAACGUUCAUCUGGUCUACAAGAAGAAGGCAUACAAUUUGAAAAACGUUGGACAAACUUAAGAGACGGUAAAAGAUGUUCAAAGAGUAAACAAUGCCGCAGUAAAAAUUGCGCUCGCGCUCAUUGUCGUCCAAAGAGACAUAACGGUCAUGGAUGCUAUAAAAAUGCAAAUUGUUAUAGUGGCAGAUGUCAUAACAAAAAAUGUCGUUCAAGAAAAUCAACACAUCAUCAUCCCCACCCACAUCCUCAUCCAAUAGUCACAAACACGGCUACUGGAACACCUAAUGAAACACAAGGUGGUUCAACUGCUACCGUGACACAAAGUGGUGCCACACAAACCGUGACUAAUACGGCUACAGGCACUCAAGCAACUCCCACAGGUACAAACGGAGGAGGUUCAAACCCGGUAAACUCUGUUGUUAGCCAAGUUCAAAGCGUUGUCAGCUCUGUUACAAGUGCAGUCCAAAGUGCUGCUUCUGGUUCAAAUCCCAUUAAUUCUGUUGUCAGUCAAGUUCAAAGCGCUGCAAAUUCUGUAGCCAGUGCAGUACAAAGUGCUGCAUCCGGUUCUAAUCCAGUCAGCUCUAUCGUCAGUCAAGUUCAAAGUGCUGCGAACGGAUCUCCAGUAAGCUCUGCUGUCAACGCAGUCCAAAGCGCUGUUUCUGGUAACAAUCCAGUAAGCUCUGUGGUUAGUCAAGUCCAAAAUGCUGCAUCUGGCUCCAACCCGGUGAGCUCUGUUGUUAGCCAGGUCCAAAAUGCUGCUUCAGGCUCGAGCCCAGUAAGCUCUGUUGUCAGUCAAGUCCAAAGUGCAGCUUCAGGCUCGAGCCCAGUAAGCUCUGUUGUCAGUCAAGUCCAAAACUCUGCUUCUGGUUCUAACACGGUAAGCUCUGUUGUCAGCCAGGUCACCAACGCAGUUGGCGGUUUGGGUCAUUAA